GAACAUUAUGAAACGGACUAAAAUAAAAAGUGUAAAAAUCAUUUUAAAACGGAGGUAGUAUAUUAUUAUUAUAUGUAAUUUCAGACACCCCUAUUAGAGUAAGCCUUAUCAUAUUUUUACAUAAUGAAAUUAUCAUCCAUUUAAAUCCUUACAGGGAUGGUAAUCUCAUCAGCUUUUAUGGCAUGGAAGUUCAUAACGUGCCUAUACGGAAGUGAGCCCCCCCUCACCAUUAUCGUAGCUGAUAGCAUGGGUCCUGGAUUGCAAAAGGGGGACAUUCUAUUGGUAACAAUGGAUCUCUCUCCAAUUCAGUGUGGGGAUGUUAUUAUGUUUCAUAUCAAGGAGGGAAGUGUUCCUGUCGUUCAUCGAGUAAUACAGAUCACAAAACGCCGGGAUACCGGAGAAGUCCAUCUGUUAACCAAAGGGGACAAUAGUCCUGAAGAUGAUAGAAGUGGAGUAUAUACAAAUAAUCAACUAUGGCUCAAUCCAAAAGACCACGUAAUCGGAAGAGUCAUCGGGUCUCGGUGUAAAUUUUGCCAGAUUCACAGUGGAGUGUAUGGUGGUGACUUCUAG